AUGCGGUUGUUAGCUGUGCUGUAAAGCCAUGGUUUGAGGCCUUCGUGGGAGCGCGAGGGCAGGGAAAGGAAGGUGAUUCCAAGAUGGGUAUACCAAUGACAAAGAAGAAGUUUGCAGAGCUGGAACUCUCCCUCCUCCAUCUUCAACAAAAUGUUGAGAUACCGGAGACCCACUUGAUCGUCCAUCCUGUCAUUCAGCGAGCUGUAGAACAAGCCCGGGCGGCAGGAAACCGACCCAGUCUUUCAGAUAUACCACCCAAACUGCUCAACGACUCGACAUUCCUCAAUACACUGCACAAUCACGUCAACCAAUGGAUAAAGUCCAUACAGGCCGUCACUAAACUGUCGCGAGACGUCUCGUCCGGUACCGCUUCGCAGGAAAUCAACUUCUGGCUAAGCUUGGAGCGUGCAUUGGAGGGGAUCGAGAACCAGCUCCGUAGCGACGAGGUCAACAUGGUCAUGGAUUGUCUUCGCAACGCGAAGCGUUUCCGCGCGACUGUCAGCUUCAUCGCGGACACCGGUUUGAAGGACGCGACAGACACAGUUCAUAAAUUCAACCAGCUCAUGAAGGACUUCCCAUUGAACGAACUGCUUUCUGCGACAGACCUCGACAAGAUACAAGAGUCCAUCGUAAUGAUCUUUGGUCACUUGAAUCGGAAGCUGAAGCUGUCCCCGUACCCCAUUCGCCGUGCACUUCCUCUCGUGGAAGCAAUCUCGCGAGAUUUUAACGAUCAACUACUACGCGUACUCACCUCUCACCGACUGCUCUAUACGCCGUACGAGACCUUCGAGCGGCUCCUCAGCCAGACCAUGAGCAUCUUUCGGACAUGGGACGACCACAUAAAGGAGUUCACGAACGUUGCCCGUGAAGUCACGAGGAAGCGAUCUGAGAAGUUCAUCCCCAUCAAGGUCGUGCCCGCGCACGCAAAGCUUCAGGACCGCAUACGCUAUCUCCGUGACUGGAGAAAGCAGCAUGAGCAGCUAGCUGUGAUGACAGCGCCAACCAAGGGCCUCGCUGGUGUCGGAACUGAGAUCGGUGGGGUGGACAUGGAGGAGGAAGUGAAAGAAGCGUACGAGGUCAUGAAGCGAAUUGACGUCUUGGAUGUCUCGGUCGAGGGAAGCGAGAUCUGGGUUGCUGCCGAGAACGCAUAUAACGAGCAUGUCGCUCGCGUGGAGAACCAGAUCAUCGCCCGGUUGCGCGACAGACUUGGAACAGCGCGAAAUGCAAACGAGAUGUUCAGGGUGUUCUCGAAAUUCAACGCCUUGUUCGUCAGGCCAAAGAUUCGUGGUGCUAUCCAAGAGUACCAGACCCAGCUUAUUGACUCCGUCAAGGAGGAUAUACAGCGACUUCAUCACAAGUUCAAGACGCAGUAUCGGUUCUCUGAAGCGUACCACAUGUCCCAGAUGCGUGACCUACCACCGAUCUCAGGUGCAAUCAUCUGGGCGAAGCAAAUUGACCGGCAGCUUCAGACAUAUAUGAAGCGUGUCGAGGAUGUCUUGGGUAAAGGUUGGGAACUUUAUGCCGAGGGACAGAAGCUGCAGUCUGAAAGCCAAGCGUUCCGCAAGAAGCUCGACACGCGCCCGGUCUUCGAGGCAUGGUUGCAUGACAUCAACCGUCGGGAUAUGGGUGUCAAUGGUCGCCUCUUCGAGAUUGUACGCUUGCGUGCUGGCGGGUUCCAGCUUGCGGUGAAUUUCGACCCACAAAUCAUCACGCUGUUCAAGGAAGUCCGCAACCUGCUGUGGCAAAACUUCCAAGUGCCACAUGCUAUCACAAACAUGGCCAAGGACGCGAAACGAGUGUACCCUCACGCUGUCAGCUUGAUGGAGACUGUCAGGACAUAUGGGCAGACUCUCGAUCUGGUGGAUAACAACAAGGGUAUUGAGUGGUUGGUUGCCGAGUACCGGAACGAAGCUCAGAGGAUGGUCUCAAGAGGUAUGAACAUCCGAUGGGACUAUUUCGUGAACCAGUACGACACCGCGCGCUACGUUGCUUCCAGCGAGACCCGUGACAACCGCCACAUCCAGUUCGUCCGCGAAUUUGCUAGUGUGGUUUCCAUACUGCAGGACAAGACCAACAAUGUCAUUGACUUGUACAAAGAUAUUCUUCGUGCCGUUGAAGACCUUUCAACUUGCUCGUACACCCACGAGACGUUUUCGGAGCUGCUGAGCAAGAUCCAGGCUGCCAUCGACCGGCUCAAUCUCGAAGGCUAUGCAAACCUCGAGCACUGGGUGGCAGAGCUCGACCAGAAGAUUGAAAGCAUUCUGCUUCAGCGGCUGACACAGAUUAUCCAAGUCUUCUGUUCAGAGUUCGAUCGAAUCGAGGACGUCGAUGGCCGUCGAGAACUACCGCCGAGAGAAGCCCCUAAUAAGCGUCGCGGUGACAAACGGCUCAAGGACGAGAAGUUCUUGGAAGGACACAUGACUUUGAAGCCCAUUGUGCAUGAAAUCCGGAUACAAAACCAAGUCAUCUUCCUUGACCCGCCAAUGGAAUACGCGCGUAAGACAUGGAUUCAACAGCUGCACGACUGGCUUGGUGUUGUCUGCCACCUUCGACGCAUCCAAAGUUCACGGUACGAGAUUGGUCUGCAAAUGCAAGGCAAUGUCGCCGCGGAGACGACGUAUACCUCAUUGCUCACGCGUUUCCCCGACGCUACGUUGGAGCGCCCGUUCUCCCUCAUUGAGAAUAAGGUCCAACAGCUCAAGGAGUACGUCGGCAAGUGGUUCCAAUUCCAGUCACUGUGGGACCUUGAGGCCGAAUACGUCUUCAAUCGACUCGGCGACGACCUCGCGCAUUGGCAGCAGCUGCUAACGGAGAUCAAGAAGGCGAGAUCGACAUUCGACACAUCCGAGACGCAGAAGUCUUUUGGCGUAUGCGUCAUCGACUACGAGCAGGUCCAGGCGCGUGUCAACGCCAAGUACGACGCCUGGCAGCGCGAUAUCCUAAGCCGCUUUGGUGUGAAACUUGGGAAUGCUAUGAAGGAGAUGCACGCUGCCAUUACCAAAGCACGGCACGAGUUGGAGCACCAGUCAAUCGAGGGCCUCGUAGGCGCACCGCGCAGGUUCAGUUAGGUCGGCGCUCUAUGAUGUCUCUUCUAUCAAUGUUUUUGGUUCAUUUUUCAUUACGCAUGCAUCUCACAUUCGUUUGCAUUCUGUUUCUCGUCUCGCAGCAUUCCACAUGUAUCUGGAUCAUAGUAGUCGCGAAUAGUCCUUCCUUCCCGCAUUGUAAUCUCUGUAAUUCGGUGUCAUACCCUAGUACAUACGCAUGCUCCAGAAUGUUAUG